AGAGUUGUAAAUUGGAGCUUACCGGAAUUACCGGAUUCCCUGGCGAAGGGGCCGAAGGGGUCAUUUAAAGUUUGAUUAUACAUGCAUUAUGAUAAAAAGUGAGAACGAACAAAAGAGAGCGUUAAAUUUGCAAUAGUCUUUAAUAAUAGGCUUCUAUUCCUUCGUUAGUAAAUUUAUUAGAAAAUAAUUACAUAUUCUUUUACAAAUACUGAAGAGAUAGUCUGUAAAGCUGAUAUUCGUUCCAUUUUGACAAGAUGUUUUGCCCACUGCAAAUUGUUAAAUGUUCUUCAUAGUGUGACAGAAAAUGUAUAAUGAUCUAAUGUUUUAACAUUAUCAAUGGAGACCAAAGUGACUAGUAAAACCAGCAGCUUGAAAGCUCUGUUGCUACGUGCUUGGCGAGAACGCUGGACCGAUUUGCAAUGGGGCAUUAAUAUCAAAACGAUUCUACCAAGAGGGGUAAGUGGUGAUGUAUAUAACUUAGCAGACUGUAUAUUGCAACAAGCACUAGUAGGACCAGGACCAAAUCAAUUAGUAUUGUCAUAUCUAAAGCACUCAUUAAGCUCUCAGUUGGUGUCCUAUGCUGCAGUGUUGCAGCGAAUAAGUAAAUAUGAAGCAUUUCACAAGCCUCAUUGUAUUGUGAGUUUGCUGGAGUUCUUGGAGUCCAUACAAGUUGGUAUUACAUGCCGCGGUAAACCAGAGGAGGAUCUUUUAGCCGCGGCGGUUUUGUCAAUUGUACAUUGGCUCCUGCAGUGUUAUCUGCACACCUUGACAAAGACACCUCAGAGUAAUCCUCUGACACCGCAACCGAGCGAGCUCAUAGACAAGCCUGCUAGUAUUUUGCAGCAGAUGUUGAAUUCAGAUUUUCUGUGCGCGAUGAUGUAUUUGGCUAAAUAUGAUGACAAAGAGCUGUACAUCGAAGUUGUGAAAAAAUGUCAAGAGAUUGAGACAUUACUAAAGACAAGUACACAAAAGUCCGUCGUACCGAUAGAGGAUUCUCUGAAAAAGUUGUGCAGUUUGGAGAUUGAGAGUCUUUGCCCUGAGAAGAUUAAAAUGGAAUCUAUCACUCAUUGCUUGCAACCUCUCUUUGCCGUUCAAGUGUUACUGAAUCCCAGCACUGAAACAACUGUGUUCGUCAAUCAAUUGCUGAUGGUGCAAAGAUUAAAGAGCUACACGAAUGCGCGACUCUACUGCGAGAUUAUCCGUGCUUGCCUGAUGUGCCUGCACAAUGUGACGGGAACGUUUAAGGAGUCGCAAUGGGGUGCCUUCACGUUUCUAAAGGUGCCUCAUAUACUGAAGGAAUUGCACGUGGCAAAUUUGAAUGGUGACGAGAAGUUUGAAUACUCGCAAGAUAUCCUAGAUGCUUUCGAGUUGUUGCUUCAGUUCACACCUCUGUUGGACAUAAUGGAUGCCACGUGUUCGUGCAAUUAUGUGGAAUGCCUGCUGAAUGAAUUUCAGAAGGUGAACCUCGUAACGGAGAAGCAAGCGAAGCAGAUAGGUGCUAGGAGAGAGGGAGGGACCACAUCGUCAUCAAUUCCGAAGGUAAUAGUACGCGCGGGGCAGACGCUGAACGGAAUCUUGAGAACGCUUAAUGCCGAUUACGCGAAAAUCCAGGAGGGCUUGCUGAGCGUGCUGUAUCAAGUCUUGACGGGAAAAAGCUUCGAACUGAUGUUGGCCGUAGCGACCGUAGAGGGAGAGUUGAAGACCUUCGUCACAAAACUCAUCAAGUUUAACGAAUGUAGUAAACAAAUCAAUGAGUCCGUACCUGACAAGACAGCAGCGACGAGAGCAAUGUUGUUCGACGUAUCGUUCCUUAUGUUGUGUUCUAUAGUCCAAACGUAUGGUUCCGAUGUUGUCCUAGAGGAAGGUGGAGAUUCGUUUUUCGAGCAAUGGGUGCGCGAAUGCAUGCCGGAACGGAACAAGUUGAAGUCGCCGCAGAGAAUGCUGCAGAACGUCGAUCCGGCGAGAGUGGACGCUCUAUUGGCGCAGAUCAACUCACCAGAUCCUGACUUCAAAUCGAGUAACUUAAAGUGGCAUGUCGCAUGCCAGUCGGCGAUGGGCGCGGUGAAGGAGUUGCUCUGCGCGUGGGAGAGCGGAGUGCUGGGCGCCGGCGAUGUCAAGAGAGCUCUGGAUGGUUUGCGAGCGACGGCCUCUUGUCUGCCGGUUUGUGCUGCCGCUUGGCUGUGCGCGUACAUGAGCAUCACGCACCAAGACGCUCUACUAAAACCCAUGAACAUGGUCCAGCACUUCUUGACUCCGUUGUCGGGUCAGGAAGUGCUAAACGAAAUGCAGGACAAUCUUAAAGAGAGUAAUAAAAAGGAGAAUCUUAAAGAUAGAUCCAGCUUAAUGGUCCAGAUUAUUCGGAAAAUGCAAUAUGACGUGCACCCGCCCACACAAUCGAAAACAAAAGUGCUUUCGAUGUCCCACAGCAUAAUAUCGCGGCAGCCGAUACUGGAACAAUUGGAGUCCGUCUGGCAGAACAUAAAUCAACGUGGGUGGAUAGACAUACAAGCCACGCAAUCGUUGGAGUCUUUGCUAAAUACCGGCGGUUCUCUUUGGUUUGUUACGAAUAUAGUCAAGGAAGUGCUCAAAUAUCGCUAUCAAGAAGAACUGGAUCAAGCUGUGGAUUUAGCUUUUGCAAUCUUCCAUCUCGACAUAGAGAACUGUACUUUGGAUCUCAUAAAUCACAUAAUACCACAAUACUUGCACAACUCGUUGCAGAGUGAAGAACUUGUGGAACCGCAAUCGUCCAUCUUGGCAAAAUUAUGUGUGUACUGCAUAUUCUCUACUUUGGAAUAUAACAACUCUAAUCCUUAUCGAAGUAAUAGUCGUAAGCGUGUGCGACGCGACCUCGAUGCGGACGAGCUAGACGCGCUUGGCGUAUCCAAUAAGCUCCUGCGGUUAAACGAAACUGGCGAGAACGUUCCCAUGUUCAGUUCGCAAAGUCCACAAGCGCAAGGCUCGAGUAACGGGCAGAAGUCGGUGGUGGUUCUGAGGGAUCCGCUUAUGACGGCGUUGAACAAUUUGUUCACCAUAUUCUCCUUUUUAGCCGGUAGAGACGGCGAGGUGUCUCAACAGACUCAUUUUAUACUCCAGUUUUUGCGACUCAUGGUGCAAUGCGGAAAAGACAGAACUCGCAUCGUACUACAAGGAAUGCCGCAAACGCUGGUACCCUGUCUUCUCAAGGCACUGCCCGAAUUAUUCACGACUGAUAUUCUACUAAGACUGUAUGACAUACAAACUGUGAUUGGGCGUAAAACUACUGCGCGAGAUUUAUGCAUGUUGCGAAAUAUUAAUCUGAAGCCUACAAAAUAAAGAUACAGUUAUUGCAAAAUAGAGAAUGCAUCUUUUCACGGAUACAAUACUUGAUUGACGAGUAUAUCAAUUAUAUAUCUAUAUAAAUGUUAAUAUAAUGUACAGAUUUUAUAUUUUAAAUCUUAUAACAUUUAUACUGCUAUACUAGCAGAGUAAUGGUAAUGUAUUUGUACACUAAGGGUUGGUUCAUAACAGCCGUUACUGUAAGAAAUUCUCCAAUCAUAGCAGAUUCUUUUUCUGUAAAUCGACUAUGAUUGGCCAAUUUCUUACGGUUAUGGCUAUUAUAAACCAACUUUAAGCAUCUUAAAUGCCUUAACAACUUGUACAAAAAAUUGCUAUGGAGCAAUUUUUUAAAUCAUGAUAUGCUGAUUUUAUGUAAUACAUCGGAAAUAAAUAAUCAUGUUCAGUAA